GUCUGUUGUUUCCUCCAUCUCGUUCCAUGCUGCUGUCAAAGAUCAGAGCGCGAUUGGCAGCCAAACGGGGAGCUUCUCGAUUGAGCAUAGAGAAGCGCCGGAAAAUAGGUCGCAUUCUCGUCAAAUACGUACCGAUAUUAAGUAUCCUCCUGCUUCUCACAGGCGUGAUAUGGAUUUUGUUACUGCCUUACGAAGGAUACAAUAAGCGAACCUAUAUAUCCGAGAAUGCGCUUCUACCAGGACAGGUGAAUGUGCAUUACAACUAUGACGAUGUCCGAGCUGCCGAGCAAUACAGAUCUCUUUUGGAAGAUGUUCAGAGCAAAGACAGCGAGACGCGAGCCAAAUUUAUUCAGUCCGAGUUACGGCAUGCCGGAUUUUCAUCGGUUGUUCAACAGUUUGAUACGGAACAGACAAAGGGUGUCAAUGCGUUUGCCAUUUAUAGAGCACCACGCAGCGAUGGCAAGGAAGCUCUGGUGCUGAGUGCUCCUUGGAUGUCACGGACAGGCGACUAUAAUACAAACGGCAUCGCAGCCCUGCUUUCAAUUGCGAAAUUGUUUAAACGAAACGUAUUUUGGUCCAAAGACAUCAUUUUUCUCGUAACUGAUCAGGGUAUGACGGGCACGCAAGCAUGGUUGGAUGCUUAUCACGGCAUCGAUCAAGCGGAUAACGCCAUGUCUUCGUCAUCGGUCGUCAUGCCUCGAUCCGGUGCUAUUCAAGGCGUCUUGAACCUUGACUUUCCUGGUACCAAUGAUUACGAAACCUUGGGUGUCUUUUUCGAGGGCGUCAACGGCCAGCUCCCCAAUCUCGAUUUGGUCAACACGUUGAUGGUCAUCGCCAAGUCGACUGCACGUAUCCCAGUAACGCUUCAUGAUGAUACUUUCCAUCAUGCCGAGAACCAGCCUUUCGGGCAUUAUCUCGAUUCUCUGCGUCAUAUGUUUAGCACCAUCCAGUAUCAAGCACUCGGACAUCCUUCUAGUGAUGCUGGCUUGUACCUUCGAUAUAAGAUUGAUGCGGUCACGAUUCACGGCAUCUUAGGUACCACAAAUCUUCACUCAUUAUUUGGUUUUCAUCGUAUCGGCGUAUUGGUAGAAUCGACGUUCCGAAGUCUGAACAACUUGUUGGAACAUUUCCAUCAAUCAUUCUUCUUCUAUCUGCUGCCUCAACCUGACCGUUAUGUCUCCAUUGGUGUAUACAUGCCUCCCAUCAUCCUGUUUGCUUGCAGCUUGAUCUUUCUAUCACUUGUUCUCUAUUAUAUUGAUCUAGACACCUUGGAGAAACCACCUGUGGAACAAGACAAGCACCAGUUCCCGCCAGCAUACUCACUCCAGAAACGCGAUAUUGGUCCUGCAUUCUCCGUUUUAGUGCCUUCUCAUCUCGGUGGUUUGGCGAUUUUUUACGUGAUGCAAUCCAACAUUGGUUAUGACGCCCAGGGUCGUUUGGUACAAUUCAGUAUGGCUGGAGCUGUAGCGCUAUUUACAUCCAUAGCUUGUAGUACCUGGAUCUCUCACCGCAAGGUAUCUGGUAAUGCCAGUCGCAUUCUCAAGUCGCUUUGCUUGGCAGAAAGUGCUCUGGUCAUCUCGAGCGUGUCACUUCUCAAUUUCGGCCUCGCUCUUAUUACGGCUAUUACCAUUGUGAUCCCUUAUAUUUUCGUUCGACCUACACGCUACUGGGGCCUUCGUAUCUUUCAAUGGGUACUGCUCACUACUAUUUCUCCUGCGGGUUUAGGCGUUCUUUACUCUACGGUAUUAGGUGGCUCUCUUACCGAAGCGUUAUUGGUGAUCCAACUUGAUUACCAAAUUGUUUCUUCUUGGCUGCUAACUUUUAUCUGUGUCGUGUAUUGGCCCAUCAAUAUUGCCAUGCAUGCAUUGGUUUUUGCAACAUCAUAAAAUUUGAGUACCGAAUUGAC